GAAGAGGCGUUGUCGUGUAUUCCGCCACCGAUAACAUAUUCUACAGACUGCGUUACCUCGAAGACCACUACUAAGGCUGUAGGUGACCCGCCGGCAAGUGUGCAACUUUGGGACGACUUUUUCGAUAAAGUGAAUCAAUUCCGCUUCGACCAACAGCCGAUAUUCGAGAGGCCGAGAUUUGAUGAUAGAUUUGUUAUAGUCGAUGAAGAGGAUGUUCGUAAUGCCAUAAAUUUCAAUAUAUGUAUGGUAUUGAAUGAUCUUACAGGACCAGACUACGUAUAUUCAAGAAAAUCUACUGACACUCCAGGCAUACCAGAUUUCAACUGUCAUCUCGUGGGUUCAUUGAUCUUAGUGAUUGAGGCUAAAAGAAAGCAUGUUUUAGAAGAUAUGGGCGAAGAAAAAUUUCCCGAAUUUUAUCAGACGAGUAAAGGCGGGGAUGUAAUUCAGCAAAUCUACAAUUAUAUGGGAGGAAACGAACUUAGAUAUGGUAUUCUCACCACCUAUGAUAAUCACUGGUUUCUACGCCGAGAGCAUGCAAAGCUUUGGAUCUCAAAAACCCUUCCACUGAAAUCCGAAUCUCCACCGGUACUCAAGGCGUAUGCAUAUCUAACUCGACAGGCGAAAGAGAAUCCUAAGUCUCCUAAACCUCAAGUAGUAGUACCGGUUCAAGGGGACAAUGAUUCACGUACUCUUCGGUCACACUCAAAGUCAUCGUCCAACUCCUCAUUAAAUCAACAACAAUCUUCCAGUACCUUUGUGAAUCAACAAUCAUCUUCUAACACUUCUGUUAAGCAGAACAAUUAUAGCUUCUCAGACUUCAAGUUCAAGAGCAUAUUAGGUGAAGGACGAAGUGGAAAAACCCUCCUAUGCGAAUUUCGUGGAGAUAUGAUUGCUCUGAAGAGUGCAGACUUAUCGAAGGUCCCUUCGUAUGUCCUGGAAGAAAUGCAGAAAGAAGUUGAGAUUUAUAAAGACCUCGCUGAUAUUCAAGGCAAGUAUAUCCCCAAGUUGGUCUGUUAUGGAUAUUAUGGAGGAGGUAUGAGCUUCGUUAUCAGCAUGACUAUUGUCGGCACUUCGUUGAGCGACCAAAAAAUAAAGAAACAGCAAAAAAUAAGGGCUAUUAAGGGAUUAGAAGCGAUCCACAAGCAUGGCAUCCUCCACAAUGACAUUCGGGAGGAAAACAUCUUAAUUAACGAUGACGGUGGCGUCUAUCUGAUUGACUUCGGUAUGGCAAGUCGAGAGGACACAAAAAAGAAGAGAAAGCUUUUCAAGGAGGAACAGCUCAAAUACUCUAACUUGCUAGAUAGAUAUAAUACACAUUUCGUAAAGAAGGAGGGGCGAAUUUCCAAGUCACGUAAAUGUCAGGUGGUUAGUUAGACUGUAGAGAUAUACAUUAGACAUUUAGUAUAGAAGCGUCAUGUAUCAGUUGUAUCACGGGCUAAGUCCCGAUCUUGUAUUUAUUUUUGCAUGUAUGUAUAUUAAUAAAAAUUUUUCUUGGCAAAU